AUGAAGAUGGUGUCAGGUGUUCUUGUUGUUGCAACCAUGGUAGCAGUGAUGGUGGUUCUCGUUGCGGCAAAUGAGGCAAAUUGUGAUGUGAACCUGCUACUAGGUGCAUGUGAAAUACAACUAAAGGAAGGAGGAAUGCCAUCGGAAAAAUGUUGUGACAUCUUAACAAAACAAUUACCAUGCAUAUGUGGUUACCCAGAAAGACAUGAUUGGCCCGCAAUAUCCAACAUUAUUGUCUCAUAUAUUCGGUUUAUUUCAUUCAAAAUGAAGAUGGUGUCAGGUGUUCUUGUUGUUGCAACCAUGGUAGCAGUGAUGGUGGUUCUCGUGGCGGCAAAUGAGGCAAAUUGUGAUGUGAAUCUGCUACUAGGUGCAUGUGAAAUACAACUAAAGGAAGGAGGAAUGCCAUCGGAAAAAUGUUGUGACAUCUUAACAAAACAAUUACCAUGCAUAUGUGGUUACCCAGAAAGACAUGAUUGGCCCGGUAUUACCAAAACAUGUGGUUUCUGUGAUGUCCCAUUUCCACCUUGUCCCUGA